GUUAAGAUCUAUAAUAAGACUUCGACCCACUUGGCUAAGGUGGUGAAAGAUCACAUCUUGAUCUUCGCAACGUCGAAUUGUUCCUUCUCAGCUUCUACCUCCAUUUCUAAUAAAAGAAAGGGACCGUUUCUUUGCGUAGAUUGCUCAUUUCGAAAUCAGCAGGCUGCUUCUUCCGGGUAUUCGGGGAAAAGUGAAGUUUGAGGGAGAGGAAUCUCCAUCAUGUUCAAGUCGGCUCAGAGGAACCAGAGAUCCAGAGGCUUCAAGGUGAAGCAUGCACUACAAUUAUGUGUUGCGCUUGGCCUUUGUGUCUGGCUGGGUUACCAAAUCAAACAAUCUUAUGAGAAGAAAGUAUCAUAUGGGGAAAGCACACGAACCAGCGGCGAGACUGUGAGGUUGGGGAGGAAGGAUCUCAACCCGCGCACAGAGGAAACCUCCAUCAUAGAUGCAAGGCAUAGGGAGGAGGAGGAUGAAGAAAGCAAGCAUGAAGAGCAAAACAAGAUGGAUGAUACUAAUGGCGUGGAUAAUGAGAUUUCAACCCAAAAAGCUGAGCAAGAAAACACAGAAGGGGAUUCUGAGCGUCAAGAGGAGUCAGUAGAUCAAGAGAAAGCGAGUGAACUGAGUUCUGAAAAUGCUGGGACGGGGCAGGAAGGUGAGGCGGAUCAAAAGAAAUUUGGCGACGAGAAUGGCGUAAAUGAUAGCCAGGGAAAUGAUAAUGAAGAGAAGAAGAAUGAAGAGAACAAAGAGACAAGGGAGACUAGAGAGAACGAAAGUCAGCAAGAGAAUGGAGAGGCAAAAGAGACAGAGAACCACGAGAAUGAAGAAAAAAGAACUGCAGUGAGGGAACAAGAGAAGAAUGAAGAGAACAAAAAUGAAGUGGAGAACAAAGAGACGGGAGAGACUAGAGAGAACGAGAGUCAGCGGGAGAAUGUAGAGGCAAAAGAGACAGAGAAUAAGGAAAAUGGAGAAAACAGCACCGAAGUGAAGGAACAAGAGAAGAAGAAUGAAGAGAACAAAGAUGAAGUGGAGAACAAAGAAAAUGGAGAGGCUAGAGAGAACGGGAAUCAGGAAGAGCAUGUAGUGGCAAAAGAGACAGAGAAUAAGGAAAAUGGAGAAAGCAGCACUGGAGUGAAAGAGCAAGAGAAGAAUGAAGAGAACAAAGAUGGAGUGGAGAACAAAGAGAAUGGAGAGGCAAAAGAGACAGAGAAUAAGGAAAAUGGGGAAAGCAACACUGAAGUGAAGGAACAAUUGGACGAUGUUAAAGAGCAAGUUAAUGAUAACAAAAAGAAAGAGGAGAGCAGCUCAUCUGAAAAAGAGCAAGAAGAGGAUGAGAAGAUUCAGGAAGUGACUUCAUCUGAGGAUCAAGUCAAGGAUGGAGAAAGGAAUAAUGAGGAGGCUAGAGAGGAGCAUUAUGCUGGAGAUAAUGCCGCCAGUGCUGUGGAACACAGAACACAAGAUACCACAGAUGAAAGUCAUAGCAAGACAGAGCAAUCUGAAAACAAGGAAAAUAAUGAGUUUAAGGAUGAGUCUAAUACCCAUGGUACUGAAGAAGCUCAUAUUGAUCAACAUGAGUUAGUCUCAAAUAAAACAGAAUCAGAAAACACUGAGAAGGCUGAUUCAGGCAAUGGGAACCAAGCAUUGAUGGAGAGUGAUGGACAUAAAAGGGAUGGGGAGCAAGCUGAUUCCACUUCAACAUCUUCCUCAGAAAACUAUGUCAGCAAUGCAACCAAUGGAGAGUCCAAGGACUCACCUACUAAUGCUGCUGACAAGCAAAACGUUGACAGCAAUUCUGACAAGGGAGCGCAAGAUAAUGUUGUGUCAUCCAGUACAGGUGACAACAAAGAUGCUAGCCAGGAGGUACAACAAACUUCCUCUGGUGCUUCAUCUGAACAGAAGAAAGAUGAUUCCUCAAAGUCAGAAAAUAGUAGUAAUUCUGGGCAAAAUGACAAUGUAAACUCUACUCAGAGCGAAACGGACAGUGAUGGAAGCGCUAAUAAUGGCGUAGAGGCCAACCAGGGACAAGUCAAAUCCACUGACACUCCAUCAGAACAAAAUAAGGAAGAAUCCUCUAACUCAGAAAACAGGAAUGAUGCCAGCCAGAAUAAUUCAAAUGGCAAUGAAAAUGCUAAUGACAAUAGAAAUGAAAACAAAGACAUGACGGUGCCAGGCGUUUCUUCUGAUUCCUCAAUUUCUGAAGAGAAAGAUGCAUCUUCCGGGAACAAUGCUGAUGCAGUGCAGAGUGAGAAACAGAACAAUGUUCAAAGCCAGACAAAUGAAACUGGAGGUGCUCAAAAAGAAUCAUCUGUUGCAGGAAACCAGAAAGAAGAAUCAACCGAUUCCAACUCGCAGGAUCAAGUCAGGUCUGAAUCUUGAAUUUUUCAGAACGUUAACUUGGGAAGGUUGCCAGAGAGACCAAUACCGAAAGCAAUCACAGUGAUGCUUACUGCCACGGAGCUAUAUUUCAAAUAAAUCAACUGCAAGAGGCUUCCUGUUAUGGUCCUAACCUUUUUUUUCUUUUUUGUUGAGAUAUGUAUUGUUCUGUACGUGGCCAAUAUGCUAUUUAGAUUGUUUGGGGGGUUAUUGUUAUUUGCUGCAGCAAUAGAGUUAUAUGUAUAAAUCAUUUGUUGUUCUUCGUUGUUAAAGUAACAACUUUUACGUAUCCAUUUCCACUA